AAACCGCCCCGUAAAAAAUUUUGAAACGAUUAUAGAACGAAAAUUUGCAGAAUAGGGGCGUUCAAGGAAAUGGCACCGCACGAUCUCCGCCGUCCGUUCAAGAGGCCGGCUCUCUCCGACCAACAGAGGCGGAGGGACUUGACUUUACAGCGGCAAGCUCAAAGCCGCCGAGAUGCUCAACAACAAGCCCGGUGCUUAGCCUCUACCGUUCUAGGCCUCGAAUCGCAGAACAUACAACCUGAACAGGAGCUGGAUAUUGAAAUUGAACCCGAACCGUUACCCGAUCUCCAUCCUGAACAAGAAGAAUCCGGAGCUCCGUCAAAGGAUCUCGACAUCCGUGAUGCAUCGAAGCUGAAAGGAGUGGAGGCUCGCAAGUGGUUCGCGAGGCAGUUAAUGCUACCAGAGUGGAUGAUUGACGUCCCCGAUUGCUUGACCCAGGACUGGUAUGUGUUCGCCAGGCCAGCUGGAAAAAGAUGCUUCGUUGUUUCCUCUAAUGGAACAACAGUUAGUAGGCAAAGGAAUGGCUGUAUCUUACAUCGAUUCCCAUCUGCUUUACCAAAUGGAGCGAAGAGAAGAGAUGUGUCAGGGCCUUCUCAAUCAUACUGUAUACUGGACUGCAUAUUCCAUGAGCCUGAUCAAACCUACUAUGUGAUAGACAUGGUCUGCUGGAGAGGUUACUCCCUUUAUGACUGCACUGCUGAGUUCAGAUUUUUUUGGUUGAACUCGAAACUUGGAGAGACUGGGGCUUGUAAUCCUCCUUCUUUUUACCAUAAAUAUAGAUUCAGUACAGUUCCCAUAUACAAUUGCGACCAAAUUGGUCUAUGGUCUACAUAUACAGGAGCAGUUCCUUAUGUUAAGGAUGGUUUAUUGUUCUAUAACAAGCAUGCACACUAUCAAACAGGAAAUACCCCACUAGCAUUAGUCUGGAAAGAUGAGAAAUGUAGUCAGUAUGUCAUCGACACAGAUAGUAAAGGGCAGGUUCCAAGCCAACAACAGGUAGUUUUGGAGCUGCAAGAUGAUGGAAAAUUGAUUACAUCAGAUGAUCGUCCUGUGACAUUUGGCUGCUUGAAAUUGGAUUUUGUUCAAGAGACAGGGCUUCAUUCAGGAAUUCUUCUACGUUUUGCUAUUAGUGAAGGAGGGUUGAGUAUCGUUGAUGGAAAGCUUGAGAAAGCUGAUUUACUUUUUCUUGGAAAGGUCAAUAGGGCACGUGCUUUUGCAGACAGUUACUCCAAGGUUAUAUUCCAGCACAUGGUUCGGCAUUCUCCUUUAAAAUUUGAUGAUCUACUAGCAUCUAUUUCCUCAUCAGACAAUCAACAAAACAAACCUUGUGAUGUUGAAAUGGGUGGUUGAUGAUGAUUUGUUAGUGAUGAGAUGUCUCGCUCCUUAGUUAUUUUUCAGAAGGUUUCUGUCAGUCACUUUCAAGGCAUCAAUCUAUCAGCAAUCAUGUUCAGAAAAAGAAAAAAAAAAAAUGUUCCUUUCACUUUUAUAAUUAGAAUUGGAGCUAGUUGCUAGAAUGUAUCUAGUUUACAACUUAUAUGUAACCGUAAUACCCAACCUAUUAUAAGCCAAAAGAGCUUUUUGCAAUAUUUUUGUACAUGGGUUUGGAUUAUGUUGUCUUUAUUCGAUUUGUAGCCUACGUGAAACUCAGGCGUGUAUUUCGUAAUGUAAGAUAUCUCUUAACUACAGCAUGGCUUAUUUUUUUCAA